AUGCCACAACAACGCCUCCAACCAUUAUCGCCACUGUCACCAUCUUUUUCGAGCACCUACUGGAUUCCGUCUAGUGCCGAAUGUCCAAGCGCUGGCGCCUACACGUCGUUUGAGGGUUUUUCCUCUGCGCGGCAGCACAGCACCUCCGAGAGCCUAUCUGCAGAUGGCUUCACAGCAUCCUUUGACACAUUCGCACCUCCGCAAACCCGCACAAGCGGAAAAAUAUGCCCAGGGACAUAUAUCACCUUCAGGUUAGCAACGGAAGAGAUCGCACAACAAUACCCAGAAGACUCCGAGAUCCAUCGCCGAAUCCGCGAGUACAACCCCGGGCGCUACCUCGGGCUUGUCACUGCAUCCCUCGUGCAUUGGAACGAAGAGGAUGGCAGUACUUGUGAAGACGUGAUCGUCCACUUUGUAUCCAGAGAUACGCCACUUCCAUCACUGGCAGUGGUUGAGGACUUCUUCAUCCCCAUUAGCAGCACUGUAACGAAUGACAGAUCUGACCUCCAGACGAAGAUCUUGUUCCCCUGGACCGACUACAAGCAGUGGACGACAUUUGGGGUGCGCCUUCGUGUCUGCCGGACAAACCAAUCCGCACUAGUAUUCGAACUGUGUAACGAAGAUUUCGAGCGCUUCGAGGAUAAGGCGGGAGAAGAUUAUACCCGGUUGGAAUCCGUACAUGCAAAACUGGACGAUGAAGCCAAAGACACGCUAGCGAAGCUUUCGGUGGCGUCCUUCGCAUUACCGGCCGAGAUCUGGCUUGAUAUCAGGAAUCAUCCGAACACAAAGGAACCUCUGAGCUUGCUUGGGGAUGUCGCCUCUCUUGAAAGUAUCCUCGCGGGUAACAUGCCAAGCGAUCACGAAUCCAGUGCCCUUGACGAGGAGUAG